UUCUUCUUUAAUGACAAGGUGACGCCAUUUAUAUUUCGAGAACAUGUACCUGGAGGAUUUCGGCUCAGUGGACCGAUCGCCACUCUUCUUGAGCUCAUCGCCAGAGCGACAAAGCGAAGGUUACUGGUUGUGAACCGUCGAGAAACAACAUGGGGAUUUAAAAGCAACGGAACCUCCACUGGAUUCGUUGGACUGAUUUUUCGUGAGGAAAGCGAUGUUUUCGUCGGUCCCGUCAUGGCGACGCAGGAACGAAUGGAAAUGGGUGAGAUAUCGCCGUCCUACAUGUUCACCGAGAUGCAUCUGAUGACUGCCAAACCCGGGAAGUACAUUGACCCGUUUGGACUUGCGAGCACUUUCAGUACAAAGGUGUGGAGUGGACUACUCAUCAGCAUGAUUAUAAUGACUCUACUCCUGACGCUUGACCUAUGCCUUGCCAAAGGUGACACCGCGAGGCUGGGACGGAGAUUUGGAAACAGUCUCUGGCUGUGUUGCACGUAUUUCUUCACAUCAGUAUCACCAACCAAGCAGUCGAACAUUCAUCGAAGAAUUCUUCUGGGAAGCUGGAGCUUGUUUCUGUUCUUUCUUAUCGCCCUGCUGAGCAGCCGCCUUGUCAGCACCAUGCUGGUGAAGAGCACCGAAGACCACGUGGACCAGCUUCACGAUGUUCUUAGAUUUCCAAAGCUGAAGAUUUUGGUGGAAAGAAAGACCGGAUUUGAGUGGUUCUUAAUGAAGCCGAAAACAGAAAUGUUCCUGAGGCUCCAGCGUCUCGUGGAGCCCGUGGCAGGAGCCAUCUUUCCCGGGGCUAAGCAAGAUGAAGUGUUCGACCGCGUGGAGCGCGGAGGUCACGUGGUCCUUUUCGACCGCUACUUUCACGACGCCACGCUGGCGAGGCGCUUCGCCCAGCGGGGCCACUGCAGCUUCCGCAUGGCCAGACAGAGCCUCUACCUCCAGCCAGUGAGCAUGCUCAUACGCAGGACCCUGGAUCCACGUCUGAAGACUGUCAUCAAAGCCCUAUGCAGGAGGAUGUAUGAGAUGGCACUCUAUCAAAGGCCGAUGGAGCCGUUCAUUUUCAAUGCGACCAAGUGCUACCAGGAAGAACCCGAAGAAGCGUUCGCCUUCCGGUUGGACAACCUGCAAGGCGCCUUCCUGUCCCUGCUCAUAGGACUCGUCCUGUCCUGCGUCGCGUUCGUCGCCGAGAUGAUCGCGCCCGCGGCACACUCACGCCGGCGCCAGCACAGAGUUCGCUCACAAAAAGUCACAAUCCGAACGUCUCCUCCAUCGCCCAGCUGAAUCUAUUGUUUUCGUGUUUUCCCGAUAGACGCGU